AUCCUCCUUCAAUUGUUAAUUCCACUUCUCUCAUCUCCCUGGAUCAAUAAACUUGUGUCUCUCUCUUCUUUAAACUUGGAUUAUUGUCAGCUUAACAUUACCAAUCCUCCUUCAAUUGUUAAUUCCACUUCUCUCAUCUCCCUGGAUCUCGGGUGGAAUGCAUGGGAUGCCAUGACCCUUCUAUGGUUAUCUAACCUCACAAGACUUGAGAAUCUCAAUCUACAUGAGAAUCUCAAUAAUUAUACUUCUAGCUUCAAUUCUUCACAGUUAAUUCCAUUUUGUAAGCUCCUCAAUUUGGUUUCCAUGGAUCUCAGUGAUGAUUCUUUUCAAGGUCGUGAUAAUUCUUUUCAAGGUCUGAUUCCCCAUUGUCUUGGAAAUUUGACUUCUUUAACCUCUCUUGAUUUAGCAGGCAAUAGGUUUGAAGGUUCAAUUCCAAAUAGCAUAAGUCGUCUUUGUAGAUUGCAAACUCUAUAUUUAUCUUCUAAUGAACUAAGUGGAUCGUUGAUGGAUUUCUUAGGGGCUCCAUCUGAGUGCCUUUCAUAUAGUUUGCAAAUAUUAGCCUUAAAUAACAACCACUUUACUGGUCAACUACCAAAUCAGUUAUACAAGUAUAAAAAUUUGAAUAUCCUUGCUCUCGAUUCAAAUUCCCUCUCUGGUCCCAUAGCUGAUUCAUUUGGAAAUUUGUCAAUGUUGUCUGGGUUAGAUAUUAGUUACAACAAGUUCAGUGGUAGCAUUCCCACAAGUCUUGGACAACUUUCAGACCUUCACCAUUUAGAUAUUAGUGAAAACAAGUUCAGUGGUAGCAUUCCCACAAGUCUUGGACAACUUUCAAACCUUCGCACUUUAGCAAUAUACCAAAAUUCCUUCCAGGGCAUUCUCUCUGAAUCACAUUUUUCAAAACUUACCAAUCUCAGAGUCUUAAAAAUAUCAGGAAAUUCAUUAUUUCUUGAUGUAAGCUCCAACUGGAUUCCUCCUUUUCAAUUGAAAACCAUUUCCAUGGAUUCAAUCAAAGUUGGCCCUCGCUUUCCACAAUGGCUUCGUACCCAAACAAAAGUUCAUUCCCUAUACAUGUCCAACGCAAGCAUCUCAGACGCUAUCCCUGAUUGGUUUGGAAAUUUAUUUUGCUAUGAAAUAGAUCUCUCUAAAAAUAAUAUUAGAGGAGAACUCCCAAUGAAUGUUGAACUUGGUUACAAGAGUGUUCAAUUUAGUUACCUGACGGAAUUCAAGUUUUCAAGCAAUAAUUUGACUGGUGAAAUUCCAAAGUGGUUAUGCAAUUUACGUUUUGCGAUCCUUGAUAUCUCUUCAAAUAAGUUGUCUGGAGAAAUACCUUUGUGCUUUGGAAAACUACAAGAGUUGGAAUAUUUAGAUUUAGGGAAUAACCAUUUGUUUGGUCACAUUCCAAAUUCAUUAGGAUCUCUAAGUCAACUCCGCUCUCUGCAUUUGCAGAACAACAAACUUGAAGGGGGACUCCCUUCAAGCUUGCACAAUUUAGGAAACUUGAUCACCUUGGAUUUAAGUGGAAAUGGAUUGAUGGAUGUUAUUCCCUCUUGGAUCGGAGGAGGCCUACCAAGUCUCAUGUUUCUUAAUUUUCAGAAAAAUAAAUUCUUUGGAGAUAUUCCAUUUCAAUUGUGUUAUCUGAAAGCUCUUCAGUUGUUGAACUUGGCAAAUAAUAAUAUAUCUGGGCCUAUCCCUCGGUGUUUCAACAACUUCACUGCAAUGGUUAGUGACUCAAGAGAUAACUCGACUUACUUCGACCCAUAUUAUGAGGAAAACAUUCAUGAAGAUAUAAAAGGAUUGGAAUUGGAGUAUACUACAAACCUUAUAUUUCUUAAAUCAAUUGACCUUUCAGGAAAUCAUAUCACUGGAGAGAUCCCAUUAGAAAUGAUGAGUUUGUGUGCAUUGAAUAAUCUAAAUCUUUCUAGAAAUAAUCUGAGUGGGACUAUGCCCGAGACAAUUGGCAAUCUGAGCAAAAUUGAAUCUCUUGAUUUGUCAAUGAAUGCCCUUUCCGGUCCCAUUCCUCAAAGCUUAUCAUCUUUGAAUUUUUUGAGCUAUCUGAAUCUGUCAUUUAACAAGUUAUAUGGAAGAAUACCAAAGGGGCAUCAACUCCAGACCCUCGACGAUCCAUCCAUUUACAUUGGGAACGAAGGACUUUGUGGUGCCCCGCUUUUAAAGAGUUGUCCUGGUGAUGAUAAACCAUCAUUUGUUAAUCAGCCUACAGAAACCAAAUUAACCAAUGAUGAUCAUGAUGAGUUUUUGAUGUGGUUCUACACUGGUUUGGGACCUGGCUUCUUUGUUGGAUUCAUUGGAGUAUUAUGUACUCUAUUGUUCAAGACAUCUUGGCGCUAUGCAUAUUUCAAAUAUCUGGAGAUCACUUUCAACAAAGUGUUUAGUGGCAUUUCAAUUAAACGGAACAUGUUAGUCUUCCAUCAAAUGCUAUUUUUAGUCAAUACGAAUUCAAAUGCUAUUUUAUAUGACCAUCAUAUUCUACGUCAUGCUCUAUUUCUGUUACCCAAUCUUUUUUUAUAAUAUAUUUUGCAGGCGUUGAUGGCAUUGAGAGUUUCCUUUGCGAUAAACGAACUUGUUGCUUAUAUGUGUACUUCUGGCAAUAUAUGUUGCAGUAGCAAUAUGAUCGAUGCUUUAGUAUGUAUUUUGUAAUAAUUUGUUUGCCAUACAUUAUAUUGGAUUCUCAAUAUGUUCUCAACAGAUUUAAUUUGUUGGUCGGUGUUUGUCUUAAACCAUGUCAUUUAUAAUUAUAGUUGAUUUGAUAUCAUGAUGUUGUUUUUA